ACAAGCGCUGGGACUUUUAUUCUGGAGGACACCAAAUGCGGGACUCUUACUUUGACUCUCGCAUGUCUUCUUGUUGCUGACUCUCCACGCCGAGCUGCUGCACCGGGAAAAUGUCUCGAGUUUACGUGGGAAAAUUGAGCUAUCGCGCCAGAGAGAAAGAUGUAGAAAGGUUUUUUAAAGGCUAUGGGAAGAUACUGGAAGUAGACCUGAAAAACGGAUAUGGCUUUGUGGAGUUUGAUGACCCCCGAGAUGCAGAUGACGCUGUGUGCGAUCUGAACGGCAAAGACCUGUGUGGGAAGCGAGUGAUUGUGGAGCACACCAUAGGACAGCGGCGCGAUGGUGGCACUGGCAGCAGAUCUGGAAGAAGUAGUCGGUAUGGUCGUGGAGGAGGGGAAAGGUUCGGCCCACCCACUCGCACAGAUUACAGGCUGAUUGUGGAAAAUCUCUCCAGUCGCUGCAGCUGGCAGGACCUGAAGGACUACAUGCGUCAGGCUGGUGAGGUGACUUACGCAGACACUAACAAGGGCCGCAAGAACGAGGGGGUCAUUGAGUUCAGGCAGUACUCGGACAUGAAAAGAGCCCUGGAGAAACUGGACGGCACCGAGGUCAACGGAAGGAAGAUUCGGCUCAUCGAGGACCGGCCUGGUGCCAGACGCCGCCGCUCCUACUCUCGCAGCGCCUCCAGGUCUCGCUCCAGGAGCAGGAGGUCUCGCAGGAGCCGAAGCCACAGCCGAACCAGUAGCCGCUCAAGGUAG